AUGGCUGACGAUGUCAAUGGUGAAGUAGAGGGAGAGCAGCAGCCCGCCGAAAAACAGGCAGCGGCAGAAGGCGAGCUGCAGCCGGCCGAGGGAGAGGAGCAGCCUGCAGAAGAGCAGGCAGCGGGCGAGGGAGAGGAGCAGCCAGCCGAAGAACAGGCAGCGGCUGAGGAGGAGCAGCAGCCUGCAGAUGGAGAGGAGCAGCCUGCAGAAGAGCAGGCAGCAGCCGAGGAAGAGCAGCAGCCGGCGGAGGGAGAGGAGCAGCCUGCCGAAGAGCAGGCAGCGGCUGAGGAGGAGCAGGCAGCGGCAGAUGGAGAGCAGCAGCUUGCCGAAGAGCAUGCAGCGGGCGAGGGAGAGGAGCAGCCCGCCGAAGAACAGGCAGCGGCUGCGGAGGAGCAGCAGCCGGCGGAGGGAGAGGAGCAGCCUGCUGAGGAGCAGGCAGCGGGCGAGGGAGAGGAGCAGCCCGCCGGAGAACAGGCAGCGGCUGAGGAGGAGCAGCAGCCGGCGGAGGGAGAGGAGCAGCCUGCUGAGGAGCAGGCAGCGGGCGAGGGAGAGGAGCAGCCCGCCGAAGAACAGGCAGCGGCUGAGGAGGAGCAGCAGACGGCGGAAGGAGAGGAGCAGCCUGCGGAAGAACAGGCAGGGGCUGAGGAGGAGCAGCAGCCGGCAGAUGGAGAGCAGCAGCCUGCCGAGGGAGAGGAGCAGGCAGCGUCCGGGGAAGAGCAGGCAGCAGCAGAUGGAGAGCAGCAGCUUCCCGAAGCGCAUGCAGAGGGCGAGGGAGAGGAGCAGCCCGCUGGCGAAGAGCAGGCGGCUGAGGAACAGCAGGCUGCAACAGAGGGUGAUGUUGCGGCCACCGAGGGCCUGCCCUGCCAGGCCAGCGGCUACUGCAGCCUGGGGAAGUCCAAGGUGUUUCGGGGGGACAUCGCCACCAACUCGGCGCUGCGGGAGAUGCUGGAGGCUGUGGCUUACGAGAAGGAGAUCAUCUUCACGGUGAGCGAUCUGGUGGGCUACCAGCUGGAUCUCUCCCUCAACGUGAUCAAGUCUGCAGAAGCGUUGGGCUAUGGGCACGCUCUGGUGCUGUCGUAUGAGGCCGAAGGGUGCGACAGGGUCGCGGUGCUGAGCGACUCCACCAGCUGCGUGUGGGAUUCCCGAGAGAUAGUCAGCUCAGUCGGCAAGCCGGGCAGCCUCGGCAUCCUGUUCAACAUCUACACCCGGCGCUGGGACUUCUUUGCCCGCGUUGUGCGGAUGGGCUACAACGCGCUGUCUCUGGAUGCAGACACAAUGCUGACAGUUGACUUCUAUUCGUUUGUCAAGUCGCCGCCAUUCUCACAGUAUACUGCCAUGACUCAGGACGAUGGCGGCGGGGCAGCGGGAAAACGAGGCGCACAUGCGGUCUGUGUAUGA